AUGCAUGGAGCUCUCUUACUGCUGGCUCGGCUGCGGCACAAGCCUAAUGCCGCAUUCACCACGGAGAUAUUGGCCGGUUGUGGCGGCAGUAGGUACAAUCAGAUCAUGGUCUAUACGCAGACGAUAGGAGAGUGUAGCGAAGCCAAGAGGACCUAUGCGGCAGGAGUUGUUUGGAAGGGGAGGUGCAUUCCGUGCAUGAGAAAAAGGCAGGGGCUUUGUCAAAAGGUAUUCCAUAGCCUUCCAAAAGAUGCACCUUGA